CUCCAGGACACUUUAACAGACAUUUUUCAUGUUGUUAUUUUGUGUCUCCAGGACGACCCUCUGUCCUCCCUCCCUCCCCCGGGUCCCACUGCCCGCCUGCCGGCCUUCAGCGAGACGGAGGAACCAGAGAAGAAGAAGAGGAAGACGCGCGGCGAUCACUUUAAGCAGCGCUUCAGGAAGAACUUCACCACGCUGCUGGAGGAGGAGAACCUGUCCGAGCGUCCGGAGCCGAACUACCUGUCCGCGGCGGCCCCGCCCUCCUCGCUGCCCCCCCGCCACUUCUGCUGCGUCUGCGGUUGUCCGUCCCACUACACCUGCACCACCUGCGGGGGACGCUACUGCAGCAGCAGGUGUCUGUGCACACACCGAGAGACCAGGUACACACACACACAC